GCAAAGACAAUCGCCAGAUACGUACCAUAGAAGGUUGUACAGUAAGCACAGAGUUUUACAACAGGGUUGGAUUUUGCUUUCUUCAUAUACUCUCCAAACUUAUCAACGAAAGAUUGAAUGUUCUGGUUUGAACCAUCUUUGAUCACUGCAUCAACAUCAAGUCCAGAUUUUCCAGUAACAGCCCACCAGAGAAUUAUGUGAGCGAAGAAACAGACUGCCAUAUAUACAAAAUACAAUGGAACAUGUCGAUGUUUGGCUUCUAUUGCAUCUUGCCGGAAAUCCUCUCUAGGGAUAACAUGGACAGGUGGGAGGUAAUAUGUAUCACUCUGCCAGCACAAUGCAUUUUUGUAAUCAACAUGAGCAUCAGAGGACUUGGCAUCAGAUCAGCAUUGUAUCUUCUCCCCAAAGUUGAUGACAAUUGUGAUAUAGAGAGCUGUUCCAAUAAGGAAUACUGGAGUAUAGAGAUAAUUGAUCCUCAGAAAGAUGUCAUCACAGGUCUUCAUGCCUCUACCAAUUUGACUCAAACCCUUUAUAUACUCCAUAUUUCUUUAAUCUGCAAAAGAUGGUGCAAUAGAGCAAAUUUAAAAGCCAUGUUUUGAUGUUCUCC